AUGAAGUGCAGUGGAAAUAAGCAACAAAUGUGUGGUGGAAUUUAUAGAAUGAACAUCUAUAGGAAUCCAAACUACAAAAAAGAUCAAGAACAACCAUUAUAUUUGGGGUGCUUUCAAGACCAGCCCAAACGAACCUUAGCCGGAAAGUUUACAAUGACGACAUCCAUGACCAUUGAAACCUGCAAGAAUAUUUGUACAAAGGAAAACAACCAGUUCUACGGUGUCCAGUAUUCCCAUCAAUGUUUCUGUGGAGAUUCUCUUACAACAACUAUUCCCAGAUCAGAGAAGGAAUGCAACAUGAAAUGUAGUGGAAAUAAGCAACAAAUGUGUGGUGGAAUUUAUAGAAUGAACAUCUAUAGGAAUCCAAACUACAAAAAAGAUCAAGAACAACCAUUAUAUUUGGGGUGCUUUCAAGACCAGCCCAAACGAACCUUAGCCGGAAAGUUUACAAUGACGACAUCCAUGACCAUUGAAACCUGCAAGAAUAUUUGUACGAAGGAAAACAACCAGUUCUACGGUGUCCAGUAUUCCCAUCAAUGUUUCUGUGGAGAUUCUCUUACAACAAAUAUUCCCAGAUCAGAGAAGGAAUGCAACAUGAAAUGUAGUGGAAAUAAGCAACAAAUUUGUGGUGGAAUUUAUAGAAUGAACAUCUAUAGGAAUCCAAACUACAAAAAAGAUCAAGAACAAGAACAAUGA